AUGCCGGACGACAAGGACGGUUCGCAGAAGGAUGGCGAGUCGCACCGUGACACCACCAUCGAGUUCCACUCGGAGAAAACGGACCUCAGCGAGACGAAGCAGCGCGGCGGCGCGAAGCGGGCCGAUGACUCUGAGGGCUCGGUGAAGUCGCAAAAAUCGCAAAAGUCGGAGAAAUCGGAAAAAUCGUCAAAGUCCGUGAAAUCGGUGAAGGAGGAGGCAAAAAAGAAGAAAAAGCCGAAGGAAACGAAGGUGCCGAUUGAAGCCGAGAAGGCCGGAAAGCAAGCGGAGAAGGACAAGACGGCCGGCGAGCAGAACCUCGUCACGUACAUCGGCAUCGUCCUCUGUGCCCUCCUUGUUGUCGUGAUCAUCGUGGCUGCCCUUUACUGGUUCGUCGUCAGGGAUUCUCACGAGGAGAAGGUGAGCUACCGUGACCGUGAGAAGACGCGCGCCGAGCAGUAUCAAGUUCCGGAAGGGGUGGAACUCGGCUACGAUGACGGCAAACCCCAUCCAUCCCAUAUCCUGGAAGGCGAACGGCUCCCCGGCGGCAUUUCCCCCAUCCACUACGACUCCUGGAUGGCGGUGAUGCUGCCAGGAUUUGGCACCGACUACUCGAAAGUCCCUGGGGCCCGUGAAUACCUCAUCCUCGCCCACGUCAAUAUUACGCUGGAAGUCAAAAACGCCGCUGUGACAUACAUCGAAUUGAAUGCGGCUGAGGUCAACAUCACCGACGCCACACUCUUCCAGACGGGACAACAGUCGCGCCGCUUGACGAUCACCACCGGCUCGGGCAACGAGGCGGAGAAGGUCGGCUUCUCCGACGGCAAGCACAUCACCCGGGGCCGCUACGUGCUGCAGCUGUUCUACACUGGAAUGGUGCAAGAAAGCCUGGCCGGUCUCUACAAGUCCAAGUACAAGUCGCCCGAGGGGAAGGAGAUCACGAUCGCCACUACUCAAAUGGAGGCGACGGACGCGAGGAAGAUGGUGCCGUGCUUCGACGAGCCCGCCUAUAAAGCUACGUGGACACUUACCGUACUCCAUCCCAUCGGAACCAAUGCCACAUCCAAUGCUCCUGGAAAAACUGAGAACAUCCAAUUCCACCGCACAGCAUGGAAGAUGACCAAGUUUGACGACACGCCCAAGAUGUCCACCUAUCUGCUCGCCCUGGUCAUCCACGACUUCGAGAAGACGACCCGCCAAUUCAAGCGCAACGACGGUCACACCAUUCCGGUGUCCGUGUACGCUCGGAAGGAAAAGAUGGACGCGAAGGAGGGAGAGUACGCCGUCGAGUUUGCCGUCAAAUGCCUCGAGUUCUACGAGAAACUCACCGGACACGUCUUCCCGAUGGCCAAGAUGGACAUGUUCGCGAUCCCCGACUUUGCCGCCGGCGCCAUGGAGAACUGGGGCCUGGUCACCUACCGCGAGCGGGCGGUGCUCCUCCGUGGGAUCCAUACCGAGGCCGACCGUCGUCGUGUCGCCGAGGUGAUCGCCCACGAGCUGGCCCAUCAGUGGUUCGGCAACUUGGUGACGAUGGAAUGGUGGGACGAUCUGUGGCUGAACGAGGGUUUCGCCACGUACACCUCAUUCUACGCGAUGGGCAAGCUGGACCCCUCGCUUCUGGGUGACGAGUUGUUGGUCGCGGACCAACAGGAUAUCGCGCUCACCCUGGAUGUCAAGGCUUCCGUCAAACCUGUGCAUUUCCAGGCGGAUACAGCGGUGGAUGUGAUGGAGGGUUUCGGCACGAUCCAGUACAAGAAGGGCGCCUCGCUGGUGCUGAUGAUUGCCGAGAGCUUCGGCCACGACGUCUUCUGGGAGGCCAUCUCGCACUACCUGAACUCGCACAAGUACGGUAACGCGCGCACGGCUGAUCUGUGGGCCGCGCUGCAGAAGGUGGCCAAGGAGAAGAACGUGCCUCUGAACGAGCGAUACGGACCUGGCGGGUUCUCGGCUGCCGCUGAAAAGUGGACACAUCAGAUGGGCUUCCCGGUGGUGAACGUGGCGCAAAAGGGGCCGGCUGGAGAUGGCAUGAUGGAGUGGACGCUCACGCAGCAUCGAUACUAUCUCGGGAAUCCGGAGGAGAUGAACAAGCAGUACAACGAUUCGAUGGACAAUACAUGGUCGAUUCCACUCGUUCAAGUCGACCGCCGCCGGAAGCAACACGAAUAUUUUGUGCUGGAGGAGGAGCCGAAAACUCUGGCGGUGAUUGCCGAAGACGGCCCACCGAUCGUGAACCACGAGGGCCGUGCUUACGUGCGUGUCAACUAUGAUGAGGCUGGGUGGAAGGCCAUUCUCGCCGGUCACUGGAAAGGACUAGAAGAGAGAACCCUCGUGCGAAUCAUCGACGACAUCUAUGCCCUGGCCAUCACAAGGCCGGCCAGCUACAAGGCUGCGCUUCUAUUCUUGGACCUCCUCACCGAGAAGGAACUCCCACCCCUCGCCCGCGCCAAGCUCAUCAACAACGGCCUGGAGAUGCUCAAGCUGAAGAACCCGUCCGUCAAGGAGCGCCUCAUCACCAAAAUCCCCCUGCCCCCGGCGAUGGGCGACCCGACAAGUUUUGCCGCGCACUUGACCGAAGUGUCGGACCGCAUGGAGGCGGCGCACGAGGACAGCGCCAAGAACCGCGAGCACUUGAUGGAGCUGGCCGAGUUCGCGGCGGCCUGCCGUCUCUACCCGGACGACUGCGGCAAGGCGUUCAAGGUCGCCUACGAGGAGUUUGUGCACAAGCCUUGCUUCGAGUCCAAUAAGGCCGGCUCGAAGAUGGCGUCCAGCUGUGCGACCACCCCAGCGUACUUCCGCAAAAUGGCGUACUGCGAGGCGGUGCGCGCCGCCGCGCCGGGCGACAAGAUUGGCGACGAGGUGCUGGAGCUGUACAAGUUAGAGACCGACCAGAUGGAGAGCAACGACCUGCUGGCGGCGAUCACGUGCAGCAACGACUGGACGGCGCUCGAGGCGCUCCUCGACGGCAUCAUCGACAAGACGGGGCUGAUCCGAGCCCAGGACUCGAUCUGGGUGACCCGCGGGAUUACGGCCAACUAUGCCCACGGGGACAAGCUUUUCCCCUAUCUGAAGUCGAGGUUCCCGAAACUCAUCUCCGACACGGCCACCUCAUCGGUGCAGGAUGGGCUCGGCGACAUUCUGGCCCUCGGCCUUUCCACCAUCUCCACGGACCAGGAGCUCGAAGAGGCGAAAAAGCUGCAAGAGUCGGCCCCCGCGGAGAACAGGCGCCUGAAAAAUGCGGGCGCGUGGAAGGCGGCCUUCGAGGAUGCCUGGAUCCGCAACCAAGCACAAUCUUUCGAGGAUCUCCAACUGGUUGACGCCUACGUCGCUCUCGAGAUGGCCGCC